GUCCUAUCCACCGGAGCCGCCAAAGCAAAUGAAGCGGACGAGGGGGAACUCUCUUCUUCUGGGACAAACAAACAAAGGGGAAAGGGUAGCUAUCCUUCGAACUCGCCCCGUGUAGGAAUCUUGUACAGAGUUCGAUUCUCGGCGGUGGAAUUGCCAUGGACGAGCAGUUCAUCCUCCGCGUGCCCCCAUCCGUGGCGGAGCAGAUCGAGCGGCUUAUGAACGAAUCUGCCGCCGGCUCAUCCUCCAACCCCGACGACGCCUCCCUCGACCUCUCCUUCUCAGAGGAUGGAAGGAGUGGCACAUUUAUGAUUGGUAACCAGAGGUUUCCUGCAUCUCUCUUGGAUCUCCCAACCGUUGUGGAGUCAUAUAAGACAUAUGAUGAUUCCUUUUUAGUUAAAACUGCUGAUAUUGGUCAGAUGAUAAUGGUAAGAGAAGAAGAUGAUCCUGCUCCAGAAGGAGUUGAAUACAAGCAUGGACUUACUCCUCCAAUGAGGGAUGCACGCAGGCGACGUUUUCGCAGAGAGCCUGACUUGAGUGCAGAGCUUGUUCACCGAGUUGAGAAGGAUCUUAUAAGUAUUAUGCAAGGAGUGCCUGUCAACCAGAAUGUUGGUGUAGCUGGAGGCGGUGAAGGUGGUGACCGCAAGAAGGCUGCACCAGCUCCUGCACCCAAGCCUGACGUUCAAGAGCCUGCUGCAAAUGGCGAAGAAGCUGAGGCUGAUCGGAGCGACUCUGAUGAGUCGGACAGCUGAAGUGGACCAGAAUAGGUAGUGCAGCCUCAGUUGGCUGAUCAAACCCAGUGUAUGUAUUAGGCGAUUCAGAUCAAAGAACGCACACUUUUACCAAGCAAGUGUGCUUGUUGUCUUCUACUGUACUGAUUAUCAUCUCAUCAGUAACAAUAAGAGUGUGACUUUCCAUCAUGGUGGAAGAGUGUCCGUAUCCUCCCAUAAGGUGGUGCUCGAGUCCUUAUUUGUUCAGCCAGAUGUUGAUUACAACAGUGCUGCAAUGUUGCUGUUUUCAUAAGAUUCAGUUGUGAAUGCUGAAGAUUUCAUGUGCUUCA